CAACACCAUGAAAGCGUUGUAGUCUCAUCUUCAAUAUCAAAAACGCCCAUAUCGUGUCCACCGCCUCUUCCGGCGUCUCUUCCUCCCCAUACGAAUUUACGAUAAAGCUCCCAACAAUCGUCCGUAAAAUAUAUACAAUUGCCUUGGAUUCCGUCAAUUUUCAUUUGUGUUGAAGGGAUAGAAAUUGCAGCAUUAUCUCCAACAAAUAUCCCUUCCCCUCCCAAACUAAAGAUUUUCUCCAAUUUCCGUCGCAUUAGAUUCAAACGGAAUAUUUUGAAAUCCAUAGUCUCAUGGCAAUCGUCAUCCUCGUCAAGGUGAGUGUAGCGAGUGAUUAAAAGUAGAUCAUCUGAUCCAUUGUUAUUGAUGGAUGAUGAUUCCACUAAAUAUGGUUGUCUGAAGCGGAUUAGUCUCUCAUCUAUGGAAAAGAGAAUACGGGCGUACUCGAUCGGCCGAUUACAAUCCCAAACCCAAAUAUCUCCAUGAAAAUUGAUAGCAUAAAAACUACCUUUAUAGUAAUUCACAUGUAGGAAUCCAGCUCUUCCAGAGUUUAUUCGAGUCCAUGUUCGAUCUCCAGGUCUACAGAAGGCCAGAAAGCUACCAUUUUGAAUGGCCAUUAGUAUGAAAUUUGAUGUCCUGGAUGGAUUGUCCGACAAUACUCCUUUGUCUAUGGUAAAACAAAACGGGACGGUGAUGUAAUUAUACUUUGGUAAAGUAUGAAAAUUGGGGAGUUCCAUACGUGCAUUGGAGAAAGGGUUCAACAAAGUAGUUUCUCCCGAAUUUGUGAGCGUUAGUAACCAUCCAAAUCUUACUUCAAAGCACCGUUUACCCUUUGCUUCCGGGAGGUGUAACCUCAUACAAGUUCUUUUCUUUGAUAGGCUGUAAAAUUCACGUUCAUCGUCAUCACAGCUGCUUUUUCCUUCUGCCAACAUAAGUAGUGGAACCCUAGGACAUGACGACGGUGCGAAUUUGUCAACGGCAGCUCGCCAGAAAGUACAUACCUCCCUGAAUGCCAUGAAAUCUUCCAACGACCGUAAGCGUUUGGCUAUCUCCACCACCACUUUGGAAUUAAGGGACGACCAAUCUAUAUCCAUCAAAAGUGGUUCCAUGUGUUCGCGUUUCCGUGGUGACACAAAAAAAGGCCAAACUUUGUGACCGAUAAUAUUUUUUUUCAUAGAUCAAAGCAAGAAGGAAGGAAGAAAAAGAAAUACUACUGACUAAUUUGGUUUGUUGGAGAGGAAAAAAGAAAGCAAGGUAGCACUUUUAUAAGGCAGCAAUCAGCGUAAUUCCCAAAGUCAGGAUUCGGAUGAAAAUCUGUAUGAGAAAGGUAAUUUCCAAAAGGAGUAUUAGGCAACUCCAAAAGGAGGCAACUCCGGCCCCCUAAUGAGAAAAGUAACAACCACCCCGGUGGUCUUGUCCUCAGCGGACACGUUCAGAAUACCAUUGGCGUCGAUAUCAAAACACACUGUAAUCUGCGGAACACCCCUUGGAGCAGGAGGAAUGCCCGAAAGCUCGAAUUGACCGAGCAAGUUAUUGUCUCGGGUUCUUGCCCUCUCUCCCUCAAACAAACACCUGAAUGGUGGUGCUCCUGUUGAUCAGAACGGUCAUGACGCCGCCGGUGGUUUCAAGACCGAGGGAAAGCGGAGUAACGUCCAAAAGCAAGAUGUCUUGAUCCUUCUCAUUUUCGGAACCGAAGGGUUCUUUUCUUUUUUGUUUCUUAAAAAAUUGAUCUAGGACGAAAGGAAUCAUAGAAUGGAUCAAGGACCAUGCCACAUGACAUGAUUUACUAUAGCUCGGUGGCUGCUAGUAUCAAGUUCAGCAGAGGUGUUUUAUCAUGUCUAAAGUUCCUUGAAGCAUUUCCAUGGUCUGAGGAAGAAGAAGAGAAAUUGAGGAUCCUGUUCACAAAGUUUAAGUUUGAUGAUGCAACUAGUACAGACAUUAUGACCAGGCUCUAUGGACCUGAAUCCAAAAAUUGUUCACAAACUUUGGUUAAACAGCUUCUCUGGCCCAUUACAACUUGUGUUGACCCAAAUGCUGGAAAUGAGCUGAAGUCUUUGGUCAGGGGUCUUUUGUCCCAAAGCUCAGUGUAUGAGAAAGACUAUGAUGUUAACAGGGGUGAUGUUUUGGCUGUUUUCCCAAUCUUCUCUGGACUUCUUGCUUAA